UCGCCUGGAUCCUUUUAUUUUUGCUCAACAUUGCAAUUAUGUACAGAUCCUGCGAUUGACGCCUCAGUUCUUUUUUCUCGUCCGCCCACUGAGCUCGCGUUCAGUGACAGUGUGCUGGCUCCUCCCAUGCGGUCGGGCGGACAACUUUGACGUAGCUUUGUGUCUUUCACUUCCAGCUCCGAUUGUUCUCCAUUUUCUACAGAAUUAUCAGCACUGAGAAAGCGAGAAAAAAAGAAAACACCGGAAAAAUGAAUGAAGAAUACGAUGUUAUUGUCCUGGGAACUGGACUCACGGAAUGCAUCCUCUCAGGUAUAAUGUCUGUGAAUGGAAAAAAGGUGCUGCACAUGGACCGCAACUCUUACUAUGGAGGUGACAGUGCAUCCAUCACACCCUUGGAAGAUUUCUACAAAAGAUUCAACAUCCCUGGUACUCCACCAGAGUCCAUGGGAAAGGGAAGAGACUGGAAUGUGGAUCUUGUCCCCAAGUUCCUUAUGGCUAACGGUCAGCUUGUAAAGAUGCUGCUCUUUACUGAAGUGACCCGUUACCUUGACUUCAAGGUGAUUGAAGGAAGCUUUGUUUAUAAGGGAGGGAAAAUUUACAAAGUCCCAUCCACUGAAACAGAGGCCUUGGCAUCCAGUUUAAUGGGGUUAUUUGAGAAGCGACGAUUCAGAAAAUUUUUAGUUUAUGUUGCCAACUUUGACGCCAACGAUCCAAAAACCUUGGAAGGUGUUGACCCCCACAAGUCAACCAUGCGUGAUGUGUACAAGAAAUUCGACCUCGGCCAGGAUGUAAUUGACUUUACAGGUCAUGCACUUGCUCUUUACAGGACUGAUGAUUACUUGGACCAACCAUGCCUAGAGUCUAUCAACAGGAUUAAGCUUUACAGUGAGUCUCUGGCUAGAUAUGGAAAAAGCCCUUACCUUUACCCUUUGUAUGGUCUUGGAGAGUUGCCACAGGGGUUUGCAAGAUUAAGUGCCAUUUAUGGAGGUACGUACAUGCUGAACAAACCCAUUGAGGAAAUUGUUAUGGAGAAUGGAAAAGUGGUUGGAGUAAAAUCUGAAGGAGAGGUUGCCCGCUGUAAGCAGCUGAUCUGUGAUCCAAGCUAUGUAUCUGACCGUGUGACAAAAGCAGGACAGGUGAUCAGAGUUAUCUGUAUCAUGAGCCAUCCAAUCAAGAACACAAGUGAUGCCAACUCGUGCCAGAUCAUCAUUCCACAGAACCAAGUAAACAGGAAAUCUGAUAUCUAUGUCUGCAUGAUUUCCUAUGCACACAAUGUUGCAGCACAGGGAAAAUAUAUUGCCAUUGUCAGCACUACAGUGGAAACCAAUGACCCAGAGAAAGAGAUCAAACCUGCUUUGGACCUUCUUGAGCCAGUUGAACAGAAGUUCGUCAGCAUAAGCGAUCAGUUUGCUCCGACUGAUUUAGGAACAGAAAGCCAGAUCUUUAUUUCCCGUGCUUAUGAUGCUACAACUCAUUUUGAGACCACUUGUGAUGACAUCAAAGACAUCUACAAGAGGAUGAUGGGCACAGAGUUUGACUUUGAAGAAAUGAAGCGCAAGAAGAGUGACAUAUUUGGUGAUACUGAGCAGUAAAAAAAAUUAAAAAUCACUCCCAAAAUAUCAAAAGACCAUUAUAUACAAAUAUUGGCUGAUUUCAACAUCAUCAUGUUGCCAUUAAGGAAGUUAAUGAACACAGCAUAAAUUUGUAUUGUGGGGCCUGCUUUUUAAUCACAUCUUGACAAGUGUUGCACUGAUUAUAGGUUAAUACCCAUCAUUUUGUUUUUGACCAUCAUGUGUCCAUUUUUCUGACAAAUGGGGGGGGGGGGUGUUGCUGUCCAAAUAUGCCAAACUUAUCAGGUGUUGAUUUAAUAUACAUGUGGUAUUUAAGUAUAAAGUUUAAAAAAUAAAUAAAUAAAAAAACAUUUUUAAAACAGUCAAGUCCUGUGCAAAACUUGAACGAUAACAUUGCCAUGUGUAGGUAAAUGUUAACAAAGGAUAACAGUAGGAGGAUGGAAAUAAAUUAUUAUUUUACUGUUGUUUGUUAACUGUUGAGUAAAGAAUUUGAGGAACUUUACAAAGCUAUGUAUUGAAAAUAGACUGACAAAUUACUAUCUAAUUUAAGAAAAAUGGUUAAAUGCAUUAUUGGGCGGUAUCUUCUCUAGCCUCACUGAAUCCUUCUUAAUUGUUGGUCUGUUAGAGGUGCUUGUAUACUGAUCUAUUGUAGCCAAAUAAAGUAUACAAACUAAAGUGCAGGACACAGCAUUGUACUUUAAACUUUGCAGCAGUUGGAAAACAACAUUGUACCCAAGGAUCAUUUUCUUUUCUUUUUAAACAAAUAAAAAUGAAAAAAGCAGGCAAGAUGUGACUGUAUUCUAUGUAUACUUAACUAAUUUGAAUGGACCAAACUGCAAUGCAGUAUUGAUAUGACAGUCUUGUAUAGUACUGACAAUUUACAAACGAUGCUUCAAAGGCACAAAAUGAUUUCUGUACUGCAAAGUAAAGUUACAUUUCUGAAAAGUC